UGGCGUUCCUUUGCAAGUUGGGAAAACAUUGGCCAAUGGUCAUCCUGAUGAUCUCGAUUGCUUUUUCGCUUUACUUCUCGAAUCCUAAAUGAACAAAUUGUUCAGUUGUGCGGUUCGAACUUUCGAUUCCUUGUGCCUUCUGAGUAACUAGUUUGCAUUCGAUUUGUUCUGCAAGAUGAUGCAUUCACUUCGAGUUCGGGACGAACAUUUGGUCCGCCGUGAGCACAGGCUCUACUGCGCUUUGAUGGCCCACCCUGCCCUCCCUUGAAGGGAAUAUUGCAGGGCUGGCGCCCGCGGGUUGGUUUUGGAGUGUUCCAAGAGUUCGGCGGUUGCAGUUCGAUCAUUGCUCAUAAGGCAUUCGUCUUUGACCAUGGACCGGCCGUGAUUGAGGUUAUUCCGUUCCCAAAGUACUGCUCCUCAGGGGUCUUGAAAGUCUUGAAGCCUGCGGUGAUGGAAUUGUCGCCAAAGACUAUGGUGCCAGAUGAAGACGAGCUGGGUCGUGGUGUCAAAAGGACCCAGCAGGAGUCAGCAUAAUGACCAACUUGAUGCAAUCCAGCAUUUCUAGCCUGCCAUCUGCUGACUGGCAAACGACUUCCACCUCAAGCUUUCGAGAGCCAAUCCGAGAUGACCGGGCUUCUCCGACCAUGCGAAAGGUUUGGGAGAAGCAUCGACGGAAAGAGGAGCGAGAUGCUCAGAUCUUGGAAGCUCGUCGACUUGCAGCUGAAGAGCGCAUGGUACGAAAUGCCUUCAAGGUGAGCCAGCAGAUUCGAGACUACGAAUCAACGCAAUCCAAAUACAAGGAGCUGCACCAGCUUCGCAUGGCUGAAGCACUGGAGCGCAAAGCUGCCCGGGAUGCUGAAGUUCAGGAGAGGCUGGCGGUUUUAGAUGAGUUCAAGCUCCGCAAGAUGAGGCGUGCUUUGGACAUGGCGGACGAGCAGCUGGAGCUCAAGAGAGAUAGAGUGACUGAUGGCUUGGAGGUGUGGCAACAACGUGUUCGUCGUUGUCGCAGGCAUGCUCGGAAUGAGGAGCACAGAGCCAAGGCCAAUCUAGAGUCCAGCCAAGAGGCCUAUCUUGCUCGGCUCACAAAGGUUGGCAAAGCACGGAACGAAAAGACAGAGACACAAGCGCAGAAAAAUGACAAACUCAAGUCAAGGAUCCAAAUCUCGCUGAUGCAGCAGUUGGAAGAACAGAGGAAACUUGAAUGUGAUCGACAAGCGCUGGCAACGGAGGAAAAGCUGGAAGCUGCCAGAUUCCGCCGGUACCAAAACUCCAACAAGUACAACUUCCUGGAGAAGGCCUUUGGAGAGCAGGUGCGCUUUGACCACAAGUUUGCCUACAUCUCCUCUCUGAAAAACCUAUCUCAAACAAGGUGAAAAAGAUG